AACUGCCACCUUAUUUUUUACAGACAGAUAUGGCACACACAGGGGUUGGUCUAAAACUUGAUAUGAUCAGUUCUGUUUUUCUAAAUGAUAUAUAAGAAGAUACCGUCCUCUGCCUCAUCGGAUGAGCUCCACUGAAGAAGAUCAUCAAAACAGUUCUUUCUUCUUUCAAAAAUGAGGAAUUUUAUCCUGGUUGCUUUGACAUUUCACCUUCUGGUGAUCACAGUAGUUAACAGUGAUUACACAUUUGGAGAUAUCAUUUCAUUUCCAAGGAAAUGUGCCAAAAUCAACAAAGCUUACAAACACUUUGCUGUUUAUGUGGGUACAGACGAUUUAUUUGGCCAAGGAAAGGACAAGGACAUAUUUGAGCGCAUACGUAAGCCCACUGAUGGUAAAUACUGUGUUUUCGGUUCUCUCAAGAAGGAGCCAAAACACCAAAAAGAAAAUUAUCUGGAUAAAAAGUUGACACCAUCAAAUCGAACUGACAUAAUUAAACACAUCAUAGCAAUGAACACUACAGAAAUCUGUGGAAAAUAUAAUCUCCUGAAAAACAACUGUGAACAUCUUGCAACUUGGGUGCGUUAUGGAAAAGCAUAUGUAAAGCAGCCUGGAACCGUGGCAGGGCUUUUUCUCAAACCGAUUCCAGGAAAAACAUUACCUGAUGCAGAUGAAGCAAUGAAACACAUAUCAGAUGAAGAAGUUUUUAAAAUAUUUGAAGAACUUAACAAAAAUUCAGAAGUUGAGGAUCAGUGUAAUAAUGCUGUAAUGCUUAAGAGUGUUUUAAGGACUCCCACACUUUUAACCUGUCUUACUUUUCUGUGUUCAUUCUUUUACAUGACAUGAAGUCUUCACUGGAAAUAAAACACUGAGCAAGAUUCUGUUUUGAUUGUGUCAAAUUAAAAUGCUUCCAUGUUGUU